GAAUUUUAAAUUUUAACAAUUUCGUGCAAUUUUAUGUCGUUUUAAAUUAAAUGUAGUGUUGGUGGACUUUAAGACUUAACUUUUAACAAUUUGUUUAUCAUAUUUAUUAAAAAUGCUAAAGUUUUAUUGAAUAUAUGUGUAAAUAUAAUUCUAUAUUAUGUUUUGUCGGUAUGUUCUUGGCGGAGUAAAUUUUGAUACGUUUAUUUUUAUCUAUUUGACCUUGUCAACAAUUUAUCGCACAAUUGCCGGAGCAAUUUAAAGACCCCAGCCAAGCUCGUAGCAAAAGAUCGAUCGAUACUCGUAGGGUCGUGUAAUAAAAAUCUAUUGUGAUUUAAAGUAACACACCAUGGAAGAAAAUUAUUCACAAUUCAUAGCAAAUGUUCUUAGUACCUUAACCAUACUAUCAUGCCUUUUUCUGAAAGUGCCUCAGAUAUUGAGUGUCAAGAGAUCAAGAUCAGCAGACUGCAUAUACAUUCUAGCUUUGGCGCUGGAAAUUGGAGGGUUUACAGUAGUGACUUUGUAUAAUUUCACCAACAAGUACAGCCUCAUGACUUAUAUGGAAUACCCGAUUAUAUUGGUCCAAAUGUAUAUUUUUCUAUACUAUGUGCUGAAAUAUAAACACUUACUCGGGUCAUUGGCAGUGCCAUUUGCAGCACUUGUUUAUUUCCUGACUAUUAUGGGAUUUGUGAUUGAAUUUCUGCCGCGAGAGAUUCUGAACUUUCUUGUGCCAUUCUGUACACCUCUGAGUGCAUUCGCUAAAGUAUCGUAUAUUUAUGGAAUGAUUAAAACGGGCCAUGCUGAUGAUGUUUCAUUGACUACAUGGAUUAUCUCCCUAUCUACUAAUUUGACGCGCUUGUUUACGGUAUAUGUAGACUCGGCAGAUUUAAAACUUAUGGGCAAUUUUCUAAUAUCAGCAAUCCUGAGUGGUGGAGUUUUGGGAACUGCGAUUUUCUACCAAAAACAAUGUUCACUGAAAUUACGUUGCAAUAAAACAUUGAAAUGCAAAAAAUUCAAGUAAAACAUUAAUGUGUUAUGAUGAGCCAAAUUUUUGUCUAUUAGUUUUAAUUUAUUAAUCAUUCCAAAUUACAUGAAUGACAUGUAGAAAUUACAUGAAAGGAUUUAUUUUAAUAUUUACUCUUAUGAGUAUUAUUCCGAAAACUGUUUAACAGCCUUAUUAUAUAUAUAUUAUUGGUUUUAAUAUGUUUUAAAUAAUAAUUAUGAAGUCAUUUUGUCGCAAUGUAUUUUGGCGAUAUUAGUAUUUAACAUUUUAUAAUAGUCUUUGUAGCUAUUAGAAAAGUAUUAAAAAAUUAAAUAGUCAAUUUCCAGUGAGUUUUGGUGGAAUACCAUAUAGUGGUAUAUAUUGUACUCACCUUAGGUAGUAUUCCUUAGUCUGGUGAGGUUUGUUCUAGUCUCUUCCAGUUCCUUGAACAUGUUUGUGCCGUUCUUCAAUGUCACUUGUGUCAAAAAAAAAAUGUUUUCUGUAGUAUUUAUAAUUAUUGUCACAUUUUAUCACCAUACCUAUUUUAAAUAUACAAACCUAAAUGUAGAGUAAUUGAAAAAGUUCUGCACAAAUAAUUCUUAGUCAUAGUUAUGUUCCUUGAAUAGGUUAAAUUUAUAAUGUUUUUUAUAUUUGAAUUAUUAAUUUAUGAAAUGUUUAUUUAUUAAAUAGCGUUUAAAAAGACAUUUAAUGAUACUUGCCAUAAAUUAUUUUGUAUGUACGUGGUAGAGCAUUUUCUGUCACUGUAUUCCUAGUCAAUAAGUUUGUGUUGCUCCAUGAGAAUGACAUACAAGUACAAUGUUUUUUAAUAUUUACAUGUGAAAAUUAUUCGCAGCCGUAACGUUGCGUAUGUAGUGCCAGAAUAGUGUUAAUAGAAAUAGAAAAUUAAUAAACUGUAGUGUUCUAUGUAUUCCAUGUAUUCAACUUUUAAAAACAUAAUAUUAAUGAAAUAUGUAACCAAAUCGUAUACCGUUUAUUUAUUGCUUCUGCACAAUAUAUAAUCUAAAGUAUGUAAGCUUAGCAUUUUAAUGUUAUUUAAAAAUUGGACAUUAUUAUACUAUAAUAUU